AUGUCUGGAGGAAACGCAUACGGAUCAAAGGUCACACCUUCAACUCCUUUGUCCAAUGCCAAAGGAGGAAAAGCAAGGAGCUGCCGCAAUGACAGAUCUUUGGGUCUUCAGACAAAAAAUUUCGUCAACUUGAUAAAGCAUGCAGAGGAUGGAAUUCUUAAUUUGAACGAGGCAGCAAAGACGUUGGAGAUGUCAAAAAGACGGAUAUAUGACAUUAAAAGUGUUCUUGGAGGAAUUGGUCUAAUUGAAAAGGAAUUGAAAAGUACAAUCCGUUGGACGGGCCUUGGCGCGUCAAGACAACCAGAUCUGCAGGCAGAAGUUGAGAAUCUUUCCAUGGAAGAACGAAGAUUAGAUGAUCGAAUCAGAUGGCUUUUUGUGACUUUCGAGGAUAUCAAGGCUGUGCCUUGCUUUCAGAAUGAAACUAUUAUAGCCAUUAAAGCUCCAUAUAGUACUGUUCUAGAAGUCCCAGAUCCUUUUGUGACUUGCGAGGAUAUCAAGGCUGUGCCUUGCUUUCAGGCUGUUGAUUAUCCACAAAGGAGAUAUGAAAUGACCCUCAGAAGCACAAUGGGGCCCAUUGAUGUCUACUUUAUCAGCCAAUUUGAGGAUGUAAUUGAUGAGCCCAUUCAAACGAGAUGUGGAGGAUUUCGUGGGAAUGAAGCUUUUUGGUCCAAGUUGUUCAAGACUAAUACAAUUUUAAGUUAA